AUGCCUUCCGAGUACAGACAUAUGAGCUCCGGCUCUUUGAAUAUUCCACCGCCAACCGCGGCGAACGGUAACAGCGGUGGACCCCCACCAGUUGGAGGCAUGGGUAGAUUUGAUGGUCCAAGAAGUCCACCAGGACGACAAAAUACCUCUCAUGUUCCAUGCAAGUUCUUUCGGCAAGGCGCAUGUCAGGCUGGGUCUGCCUGUCCAUUCAGUCAUGACUUGGCGAGUACAACAGAAAACGUGUGCAAAUACUUUGCAAAGGGCAAUUGCAAAUUCGGUCCCAAAUGCGCAAACGUACAUGUCCUUCCUGAUGGACGUCGAGUCAAUUACAAGCCGGGCGGACCGAUGACAGCUGGACAAUUGAAUAUUGGCGGAAGAUUAAAUACAGAUUUAUAUCACUCUCAGACUUCUGGCUCGGCCUUGACAAACGGCUUCAUUCGAGCUAGCGCCACACCGCAAUCGCCAUAUGGCGGUCAAUAUUCACCAUUCGCGAAUCAGGAUGACGGAUAUCCUACAUUACCUCGGCAGACGAGUAUAGACAUUGCUGUACCUACGAUUGAUACGAGCUAUGCUUCACAUACCACCUCGAAUUACGGUUCACCACGCGAUGAUCACAUGGAUAGGUUUGGACUUGGUCUAUCUCCAGUUGGUCCAAAGGGUCUGAGUGUUCUGGAUGCUCCUCUUCCGGCGUCGUUUGAUAGCAAUGGGGUUUCUCAUAUCGCCAGAUAUGGACCAAUGGCUUCUUCAGUACCUUCUAAGUUUGGUUUCGAUUCGCCACCUGGAUCAGUAGGAGCCGCCAAGGAUGGAAGAACUUCAGAGGCAUUGAAGAAUUUACAUAGUUCGGCAUUUGGAAAUGAUACGAGAGAUAGAUUUAAUGGUGUUGCUUCGUCCCCACCACAACACUCCGACGAACAGUUAUUUGGCAAACGACCAAUGCACUCUCAGAGAAUGACAAAAUCAAAAAUCAUGUCAUCGAGCUUACCAAAGGCAGUUGAUCUGGAUUGGGAUUCAGGAUUUGCACAUGAAGAGGAUUAUCUUCCAGAGACGUUACGAGAUCUUAUGACGCCUCAGGAAAAGGCUAGAAGAGGAUCUCGUGCAGCGGCUGAUGAGGAAGGACGACCAAUUUACAGUGGUUCAGGAACUCCAAAUGGUGAGAUUUCAAAAUUCGGAUCUCCAUCAAAUGCAAGUCCUUCAAGAUGGGGACCUUUGUUUCAGAGACAAAAAGAAGAGGAAGAACGUGCUGCUGCUUCGAGAGCAUCUGCAUUUGGACAUGUUGGAUCACCACUUCGCAACUCAUCUCUGCAUCCAAGCGCUAGCCCCGGCUCUCGACCUGCUGCAAGACCGCUGGUUUCAGGCGACUCGUCACCAUAUCUUGCCUCCCCACCACGUCAUAGUUCCAUGUCAAUUUUAUCUCAGCAACUUCAGCGAACACGUCUAAACAACAGAACCGAAUCCAGCGAAUCUCAAACUUCUCGAACAGCCAGCAACCCAGUGGGGUCGACCUCAAGACCUGCAAUGGCAAUCGACCGAACGAUCAGUUCUGGUAGUAUUGGUAACGUUGGCAGAAUUGACGAAGAGAGAGAUGAUAAUCUAGGCGUGUUUGACAUGGAAGAGAUGGGAGAUCAUGAUGAGAGAAAGGGUGAAAAGAGAAAUAGCUAUGGUUGGUCGUAUGCAAAUAGUACUAGAAGUCCGAACCUUGGCGCUAUCUCGAAACCACGAAAUGGAAAUGGGACACCGAGCGGUUAUGAGGGUCUGCCUGCGUUACGAUGA